AUGCACCAUCAAGGAAUAAGUCUAGAUGAAGACCUGGACCGUGGCUUUGUGGAAACUGCCCAAGUUUACGGCUCACAGUUAGCUUCUUGGUUCCAAGGUCAACCAAUAUGGAAAAAGGCACUUAUAGUGUCCAAUAUGAUAGUGCUGUCAGCACUUGGUGUGCUAGCACUCGUGUAUCACGAGAGGCUGCUAUCGGUUCUGCAAUCAAUGGCAACUGGAUUCAAAGAUAUAAAGUACGGUUGGUUAAUGUUGUUUGGCUUAGUCUAUACAGUUGCUUUCCCGCCGUUAAUCGGAUAUGCUAUGUUAAGCACCCUAUGUGGAAUGGUUUACGGAAUUUCCUUUGGCUGGCCAUUGUUAAUGACAAGUACUGUUUUGGGCUCGUUAAGCUCUUUUUUGGUAUUUCGAUACUUAUUACAUGAUUAUUCGGUUAGAUUGGUAGAGUCUCACUCUAAACUGAAAGCCAUAACGGCUAUAUUGACCGGAAGAAACAACUGGAAAGAGUCACUGUUUAUCCUUAGUAUGAUCCGAUUGUGUCCUCUUCCCUAUUCAUUAUCAAAUGGAGCGUUGGCGGCGGUACCUGGAUUGUCAGGUGCAGUUGUACUUGGGGCAUCUGUACUCACGUCUCCAAAGCUACUGAUUCCAUUGUUCAUUGGUAGCAAAAUCAACAACAUUGGCGAUGCUGAAUCUACAGGUUGGGAUAAGAUAGUUGACUUACUCAGCAUUUUCAUUACGUCUACAGCAUUUACCACUACCACGUAUGUGAUUUACUACAAGAUGCAGCAGCAAAUGAACACCAUGGAUCUAGAGAAUGGAGAUUUGCAGUCUUUGAAUACGCUAGCCAAUUUCGAUGACGAUGCUGAGCUAGUAGAUGAUGAUGACUUGACGUCAACUAUCUGA